AGGUAAAAACCUAACCCUAACCCCUUCUCCCUCCCUGUCUUUCCUCACGACUCCACCCCGAUCCGCCGCCGCCUCGACGCCGCCGGCCCGCCGCACCGAAUCCCCUUUUCCUUUUUCCUUCCUGAGUAGCCGCAGCUGAGCGCCCCAACCCCCUCGCUCGUCUUCCUCGUCGCGCACGACUGACUCCAGCAACGCAAGCGCCGCCGCCGGAGCUUGAUCUCCCCUUCUUUUCUCCGACCGUUUCUUCAGGUUCAAACAUGGCGCGCCGAGGAUUAAUGGAGCAGGACCUGACCAAGCUCGACGUUGCAAAGCUGCACCCGUUGUCACCCGAGGUUAUCUCGCGCCAAGCGACCAUCAACAUCGGUACAAUUGGUCACGUGGCCCAUGGAAAGUCCACUGUUGUGAAAGCUAUUUCUGGAGUUCAGACUGUUCGCUUCAAGAAUGAGUUGGAGCGUAACAUCACUAUAAAGCUGGGUUAUGCUAAUGCAAAAAUCUAUAAAUGCGAGGAUGACAGAUGUCCACGACCAAUGUGCUACAAGGCUUAUGGAAGCGGAAAAGAAGAUACUCCUAUCUGUGACGUGCCUGGGUUUGAAAACACUAGGAUGAAGCUCCUGAGACACGUUUCAUUUGUUGAUUGCCCGGGCCAUGACAUUCUCAUGGCUACAAUGCUUAAUGGAGCAGCUAUCAUGGAUGGAGCCUUGCUUUUGAUAGCAGCAAAUGAAAGCUGCCCACAACCCCAGACAUCUGAGCAUCUUGCAGCUGUUGAAAUCAUGCGCCUCCAACAUCUCAUAAUUCUGCAGAACAAGAUCGAUCUUAUCCAGGAAAGUGCAGCAAUGAACCAGCAUGAAGCAAUCCAAAAGUUCAUCCAGGGCACGAUAGCUGAAGGUGCUCCCGUGGUGCCAAUAUCUGCCCAGCUGAAGUACAACAUUGAUGUGAUCUGUGAAUAUAUUGUCAAGAAAAUCCCCAUUCCGGAAAGGAACUUCACUUCACCUCCCAACAUGAUUGUUAUUCGCUCCUUUGACGUUAACAAGCCUGGUUCAGAGGUCGAUGACAUUAGGGGUGGGGUAGCAGGUGGCAGCAUUCUCAGGGGAGUCCUGAGGGUGAACCAGAACAUUGAAGUUCGCCCUGGCAUUGUCAUGAAGGAUGAGAGUGGCAACAUCAAAUGCACUCCAAUCUACUCAAGGAUCGUCUCGCUCUACGCGGAGCAGAAUGAACUCCAGUUUGCUGUGCCUGGAGGGCUUAUUGGUGUGGGAACAACCAUGGAUCCAACUUUGACUCGUGCUGAUAGGCUAGUUGGCCAGGUUCUAGGAGAAAUCGGGUCGCUUCCUGAUGUAUUCGUGGAGCUUGAGAUAAAUUUCUUCCUCCUACGAAGGCUGUUGGGUGUGAGAACAAAGGGUACGGAGAAAGCAGGGAAGGUCUCCAAGCUCACCAAGGGUGAGAUCCUGAUGCUCAACAUAGGAUCCAUGUCAACAGGUGCCCGUGUGGUUGCCGUCAAGAACGAUCUCGCCAAGCUUCAGCUCACCGCCCCCGUCUGCACGAGCAAAGGCGAGAAGGUGGCCCUGAGCCGCCGUGUCGAGAAGCAUUGGCGCCUCAUCGGGUGGGGCCAGAUCCAGGCCGGCGCGACGCUCGAAGUCCCUCCGUGCCCGCUUUGAGGCAUUGCGCUCAAGACAGAAACAAGAGUCUGUAAGAGAAGAGAGAGACGAAAUGUGGGAGGGCAGAGAGCUCCUGGGUACAGUUUUUGUGAGGUGGAGGAGAAAACAUCGUGUUUGGAAAUUGUGGUUUUUUUCCCCUGGAUUUGUUUACGCGUCUAGUUUGCUUUAUCCGAAUUUAGGAAGCUAUUUUACCAUGAUACCACCAUGUGGUUGGUUAAGAUAUUUUACCUGAUCGUCUUGCGUCUUUGACUCCAUCGUGUCAAGAGUAUUACACCUAAUUUUGCCUGCG